AUGCGCACCGUUGUCUGCCACGGAAGCCCAUACGAUGCCUCCAAAGAGAUACAUGGAAGCUUAGACUUCUACAAGACUCUGCUGAAGCAGAAGUCGUCCAUGUCUUGGGCUGAAGUAUGCCGAACAGCGCUCAAGUUCCAGCCUCUGCUGGAGACGACAUUUCCAAACUAUAUGCAAGAGAUACGAGGAAUCGCACAGGGAGCUGGUGUUGACGUGAAAUCAGUACUGGCGUUGAAUGUGCGUACCGAGAUUGCAUAUGGCAUGUUUGAUGAUGGAUGCACAGCCUUCUCAUGGAGGAAUCCAAGUGCAAGCUUCCUUGCACAGAACUGGGAUUGGGAAGAUGACCAGGCGCCAAAUCUCAUCUCGUUGCACAUCGCACCCCUAGAUACGUCAAAGCCAACUAUCCAUAUGGUCACCGAGGCUGGCAUUAUUGGCAAGGUUGGCCUUAACUCCAAAGGCGUCGGAGUCACCCUUAACGCCAUCAAGGCAGAAGGCGUAGACUUCACCCGGCUGCCCUGCCACCUUGCUCUCAGACUAGCACUGGAAAGUUCCUCGCGUGUCGACGCCAUUGGCAAACUAGGAAAAGUAGGUGUUGCAUCGGCAUGCCAUAUCACUAUUGCCGACUACACAGGUGGUACUGGCCUCGAGUGCUCGUCUAUGGAUAUAGCAUGGCUCAACAUGGGCGAUUUCAUGGAGAGCAGACCAGAUAUCAUCACUCAUACAAAUCACUUUGUGCACAACCACAAGAACGGCUUGAAGUCCGUGAUGUUCAUGCCUGACAGCGAGGCCCGUCUGGCCAGGCUAAGAGAACUGCUGGCCCAGAGCGGGCCCAAGCCAGAGUUUGAGAGGAUAGAAGAAAUCCUGAAGGACGAGAAGGGAUACCCGACCUCCAUAUGCCGACAGGCAAAAGGUGAGAAUACAACGUCCACGUUGUUUAGCAUUAUCAUGAACCUUAGGCAGUUGAAGGCCACUGUGAUUGUUGGAAGGCCUGUUGACCCCCAAGGGGUUCUUGAGUUGAAGCCUUGA